UGUUGCACUCAGGUCGCCUUUGCAAAAGCCCUGCAGCCUCCCCUGGAGCAUCUGAAGCCUUGGAGUUAAAAAAAAAAAAAAAAGAUGCCAACCCUUCAAUCUGAUUAACUUCCUGUAGCGAGACUCCUGCUCCAAAGUGGCGAGAGGAGAGGGACACACGGAGGAAAGGAAGAAAUCCUUCUGGUCUAAAUAAGGCUCUGUGAGCGCAGCAAGCAGCUUCUCGUCUCCGCACAGCUCCGUGAUUUUGUUCCAGAUCGGUGCGCGCACUGCAGCCAGAAAACAUUUUCUUUUCUUUGUUUUGUUUUUUUCGCGUUUCAAAAAGAAAAAAAAAAAAAAAAUCAUCAAGCUGCCCGCCGGUUUGACUGCAGUCCGUGCGCCGUGUACGGAUGGUUCCAGUUCUGACGCCCAUCGCCGACGCUUCCCCCUGAUCCAGGACACCCGGUUUGGAGACAAAGCGCGCGGAGGGACUCCGGGGGUUCAUGUACUGGAAAAAUGAAGUUUUGUCCCCUCUUUCAGAGGGAAACAAGAUUCUGUCCGAGGGAAUUCCCACGAAGCAGGUGAUCUCUACCGAGCAUCAGAGCACACCGGGAGCCUCGCGCUGCAGUGUGGACUCUAAACACACACCGAUGUCUCACUCGGACGGAGAAUCCCAGCGGUCCAACAUGGAGCGGGACGACACCCGCUCGUCCCCCAGCACGCCGUCCACCCCCUCCGUGUGCUCGCCUACCUCCACCGCCAGCUCGGUGCCGUCCACCGGGAAGAACCUGUGCGCCAGCUGCGGGCUGGAGAUCCUGGACAGAUACCUGCUCAAGGUGAAUAACCUGAUCUGGCACGUGCGCUGUCUGGAGUGCUCGGUGUGCAGGACGUCGCUGCGUCAGCACAGCAGCUGCUACAUCAAGAACAAGGAGAUCUUCUGUAAAAUGGAUUAUUUCAGUAGGUUUGGUACUAAGUGUGCCCGCUGUGGGCGGCAGAUCUACGCCAGCGACUGGGUGCGUCGCGCGAGGGGAAACGCGUACCACUUGGCCUGUUUUGCGUGCUACUCGUGUAAGAGGCAGCUGUCCACGGGAGAGGAGUUCGGGCUGGUGGAGGAGAAGGUGCUGUGCAGGAUCCACUACGACACCAUGGUGGAGAACCUCAAGCGGGCGGCCGAGAGCGGCAACGGAAUCACAUUAGAGGGAGCGGUCCCAACAGAACAAGACAGCCAGCCCAAACCAGCCAAAAGGGCGCGGACAUCUUUCACUGCUGAGCAGCUACAGAUCAUGCAGGCUCAGUUUGCUCAGGACAACAAUCCAGACGCCCAGACGCUACAGAAACUAGCCGACAUGACGGGCCUGAGCAGGAGGGUUAUACAGGUGUGGUUUCAAAACUGCAGAGCAAGACAUAAAAAGCACACACCUCAGCACAGCGGGGCUCCCCAAGGUCAUCCUCAGUCCAGGAUCCCGUCGUCGCUGCCCGACGAGCUGCAUUACUCCCCCUUUGGCAGUCCUGAGCGAGCGCGCAUGGUGGCCCUCCACGGUUACAUCGACAGUCAUCCAUUCUCCGUCCUGACCUCUCAGAAUCUCCCUCACCAGGCCAUGUCAUUGCCACAGCUCCCUCUCAGCCGCUGAGGUUCCACCGUGGCCCCCCCCGUGACCCCUCACCUCCGGAUCCUAUAACCCUCCGACCUCCCAACAAGUGACGUCUACUGACCUCGCGCAAAAGGUCACACGGGAGUCAACACGGAGAAAAGACAAAUCUUUACAGGAGCUCGGCCAGCUGCAGAAAUGGAAGAAAGACGCAAAAACUGUCGUGCUCUUCUUCUUCUUCUGUGGACAGGAAUACACCACCUGCAGCAGCUACGCUGUCAAAAAUGACUGUGAAGUAUUAUUCAUCAACACGGACUCGCUGACUGCGUUUCACGCCACCUGACGGACCCGUUUCGGUUCAUGUGUACAGCGUCCUCCGCUUUUCACUCCCAGCUGAAGAGAGUUUUGAAAGUUGUGAUACUGACCAAGGAAGCCGGACUGAAGCUUCUUUAAUGCAUUCACAAUAUUGAGGAUGAACUUUAAGAGGGGGAAAAGUCAUUGUGGCCCGAGGGCCGGGCCGACAAAGUAGACCACACCAGAGGUAAGACUCCUGUCUUUUCUCUUUAACCAGCUAUGAAGGAAACUUUAAAUGUAGACACAAACAUUGAUUGUUUAAAUUGUAUUUUUUUUUUCCUUAUUUGGAAUGACAUAUGACUUUAUGACAUCUCAAAAUACCAGAAACUUCCCACUUACAUUUUUUUUGCUGAAAUUUCUGAUAAAUUGAGUUAAAU